CGGGCAAGCGAGCGGCUCAAGCUCAACCCGACCAAAUGCCGCUGCUCCUCACCUCCUCCUCCUCCUCCCUGCGGGCGCUGCCGCCGCCGUUGGCCGCACCGUCCAGGGCCCGCGUCAGGGUCGCGGCUUCCGCCGCCGCAUCCGCCCCGGACGGGGCCGGCGCCACUGCCAGCGGGUUUCCGUCGUUUCUUCCCCGAGCGGUGGAGCGCAUCCGCGACGGCGCCGCCAUCCGCCUCGCCAAGCGAAUCGAGCGGGUGCCCGUCCAGACCGGUUUCUCGGGGAGUCCAAUACUGAGCAGCUGCGUGAGGCCGCUCAAGCAGCAGCAGGACGCCGACCCGAUCGUCCUGCUGCAUGGCUUCGACAGUUCUUGUCUAGAGUGGAGAUACACCUACCCGUUGCUUGAGGAGGCUGGACUGGAGGCUUGGGCUGUGGACAUCCUUGGUUGGGGCUUCUCUGAUUUAGCAACACGGCCACCAUGUGAUGUUGCGUCCAAGCGGGAGCAUCUUUACCAGUUCUGGAAAUCCUACAUCAAAAGGCCUAUGGUUUUAGUCGGGCCCAGCCUUGGUGCUGCUGUUGCCAUUGAUUUCUCAAUCAACCAUCCGGAAGCGGUUUCAAAACUGAUUCUCAUUGGUGCAAGUGUAUACUCUGAGGGCCCAAAAGAUAUGACUAGGAUGCCUAAAUUUGUUCCAUAUGCUGGGGUGUUUAUACUGAAGAGUCUUCCACUGCGAUUUUUAGCAACACGCUUGGCAUUUAAUAAAACUCCAAAUGAAGUCUUUGAUUGGGUGCAGAUUGGGCGUCUGCAUUGCCUACAUCCAUGGUGGGAGGAUGCUACAGUAGAUUUUAUGAUUAGAGGGGGUUAUAAUGUCAUAAAACAAAUAAAACAGGUGAAGCAUAAAUGUCUGAUCAUGUGGGGAGAGGAUGACGGGAUAAUAAGCAGCAAACUAGCAUAUAAAUUGCAUCAGGAGCUCCCAGAUGCAAUUCUGAGACAGGUACGGCAGUGUGGCCAUAUUCCUCAUGUCGAAAAGCCAAGGGAAGCUGCGAAACUUGUUCUUGAAUUCCUUGAAAGAGAUAGAGCCGAAAAGGCAGACGAGGCUUCUUCUGUAACACCAGUACUCACGAAUGGCUGAACAGAUCCGCCUUCAAGCUAGGGCUGCACAGAGUGAAAUGGCCCAUGGAUGAUGGACAUAAUUGCUAUAUAUAUGCUCGAUGCGGUUUCAGAAAUGGUUGCUGAACUUGUCGAAGUUUCGCCGUACGGUCAUGGCCGGCCUGUGUGUUGUGCGCCGGUGAACGAUGCAGUGGAUGAGCUGGUGCCAAGGCUUUCUCCGUGGAGCUGGAACAAGUGGCACUAGAAGAUGCAGCGGACGAAGAGCCAGGCGUGCCUGCUUGUCAGCUGCUUCGUUUUUAGGUUGUUGGUCAGUUAGCACUAGCAGUACUAGAGCACUGCAAUGCAAGAUGUUUUUGACACGGGGAUGCGCUAACAACAGUGUAACUGUCAUGUAGUGGGUUCGUGCUCGUGCAGGCUGUGUUCUUUCUUUUUUAGAGAAAAACGGGCUGUGUUCUUUCGUCUGCUGUACGUGUUCCAUGGCCCGUGCUCGGUUCAGGAAUCGAUUGCCGCGUUCGUGCUUUGCUCUUUGCCA